UAUUCACUUGUGAGAGUAUAUAUUCUUCGUAGUGUAACAACAUUUCUGCACUAGCACAGCGGUAUUCUACAGUACCACUCAAGAUCUAUCGGUUCACAACGUCAAAAUUAAACAUGGACCGCGAAUCUCAGAAAAGCGCACAGCAAUAUCGGCCAGCAACUCGUGUUGUUAGUGUCGAUGCCAAUCCUGCAGAUCCAUACAAUCCAGCCUCUACUCCUAUCUAUCAGACUGCUACUUUCAAACAGUCCUCGGCUGUAUCUACUGGAGAAUAUGAUUACACACGGAGCGGUAACCCUACGCGCACUCAAACAGAAAGGCACUUAGCUAAGCUUAUGGAUGCACAGCGUGCACUCUGCGUCACUAGCGGGAUGACUGCGCUGGAUGUUAUUAUGCGCGUUUUAAGCGCAGGGGACGAGGUGAUCGCCGGUGUAGAUCUAUAUGGAGGCACAAAUAGACUGCUUAAGUUUUUGGAAAAAUCCAAGAUCAAUACCGUUCAUGUAGACACCUGCUUGGUUGAAAACGUAACGUCCGCGAUCACAAGCCAAACCAAAAUGAUUCUACUGGAGACACCCACAAAUCCCUUAAUUGGUGUUUGUGACAUAAAAGCAAUCGCCGAGAUUGCCCAUGCACGAAAUGAGGAGAUAAUUGUGGUUGUGGACAACACGAUGAUGACACCUAUUCUACAACGUCCUCUUGAGCUUGGCGCUGAUAUCGUGUAUCACUCUGGGACAAAGUAUUUGAGUGGACAUCAUGAUCUAAUGGCUGGCGUUAUUGGCGUAAAGAAAGAAGCCCUUGGCGAUCAGCUGUACUUUGUUAUUAAUUCUACGGGUGUUGGCCUCGCUCCUUUCGAGUCAUGGCUGCUGAUGCGUGGUGUGAAAACACUGGCUGUUCGCUUAGAGAAACAGCAAGCAUCGGCAAUGAAAAUUGCAAACUAUUUAGAGUCGACUGGCUUGAAGGUAAAUUAUCCCGGACUCAAAAGUCACCCGAGUUACGAGCUACACAACAAGCAAGCCUGUGGCGGCGGCGCUGUGCUGAGCUUCGAAACGGGCUCUACCAUGGUGUCCCAACAAAUUGUAGAGGGUUGCAAGCUUUUCACUAUCUCCGUGAGUUUUGGCUGCGUAAAUUCAUUGAUCAGUAUGCCAUGCCGUAUGUCCCAUGCGAGCAUACCUCCUGAGGUACGGAAAGAAAGAAAUUUAGCCGAGGACGUGAUUCGUCUGUGUGUAGGUAUUGAAGAUGUACGAGAUCUUAUCGAAGAUCUGGAUCAGUCACUACGGGCAGCGAAUGUGAUAUAGUUUAAUGAAAUACAAGUCGACUUGGUAGUAUUGUAAAGAGCUGCCGGUUAAUAGAAAUGCAGCUCAUUCUAAAACAUAAUAUAAAACUGGCGGUGGUAGAUGUCUGAGCCAGACAUCGUAGCUUAGCGUACACCCCAGUAUGAACCAGAAAUGCGAUUUCAGACGAGGCCUUUUUUCUUCAGUAUCAACCAGAGAGAUACAAUUUUAGAAGCACUUACACUAUGUAAAAUUGAAUCAAACUUUUGUUUUCUAUCGAGUAUCAGGGUCU